UCCGCUAGUCGCGUAGUCGCGUCGGAAAACGGUUCGCUGCAAUUGACUGCAUUCCUGCCGCGCGUUUUCAUGAAGAAGACAGAAAAUUGUAUUAUUGUCCAUCAUCAAAGGAAUCCCUUCGAUCAACUCAACGCUGUCAGACAAGAUAAACUCUGCAAAGUACAGAUUCCUGUUCUCUCGACAAACAAUAUUAAGACAAUGAAGCUGCCUGUUCUUUUGACGCUCUUGUACUGUUUUUGCAUCGAUGUCAGCUACACUAGAGAAAUAACUCACGAAGAUAUUAAGGAUGCUAUGUUGAGUUUAGUGCACAUGAUGCGAGAGAAUACAGAGAAGUUGGAAAGGCACGAAGCGAGAGAACGGCAGCUGGGCGAGCAACUGAAAAAAACAAUAACUAUCCUGACGAAGCGUGUAUCCGUUGUAGAUAGCUUAAAGUUGCAGUUGACUAAAAUAGAGGAAAGGAUCUCGGGAAUAGAACAUCUGAUCACACAGAAAGACGAGAGAGAGCGUAUACAGAUGCAAAAAACCGUGGACAGUCUAGAAGACCUGGAAAAUCGUUUGGAAACCUGGCUCACAAAUAUCGAAAAUAAGAUAGGGGAGAUAAAUAAUCGCACGGAAGCCACGUCUGUCCCGGACAGUAGUCUUCCUGAUAUUCUCAACAAACUAAGUGGCAUAGAGAAUAACUUGAUGGGAGAGGUUACAAGAUACAAAGAAGGUCUGCAUAAUAACGUAGCAAAGCUAAAUAGAGAAUCGGUUAUGCUGACGGAGAAAACGCAUACGAUCUUUUCGGAGGUGCAGCAUAUAGCCGCCAAGAUCGGAGACCUCGAAAAAUCUCUAGAGAAUAUAAAACAGAUAACACAGAACGUUCAGGAGAGACCAUCGGAGCGACAAUUGGAUUUGUCUCCAGCCUUUGACGAUCAUAUUAAGACAUUAGUGCAAGUGCAAGAUCUGUUGGAGGGCACUUCUGACAAAUUACAAGAAUUACCUAGGAUAAAAGAAGUACAAGCGCUUCACAACGAAACGCAAGCUAUGCUGCAGGAAACUAAACACGCGUUGAAAGAUAUCGUUACACGGGGUAUCGAUGAUAUUGGGGAUAGAAUAAUAGAAGGCAAAGAAGAAAUAAAGGACUCGGUGACAGCGUUAAGGAUGGACCUGGCUAACAAUGCAGAUCGCGUUAACCAGGAAUUACAGAAUCUGGAAAAGGGUCAGUCCGUGAUGGUUUCUAUGGCAGAUCAUGUGCUGGACACGAAGAAGAGGGUGGAGUAUGGUGUACAUCAGAUCCUGCUAGAAGUGGGCGAUUUGGUAAAGACUCAAGGUGUUAAUAUUAACAGCACUCUUAGUCAAAGAUUCGAUGGAAUCUCGAAUGAUAUCAUGGACAACCAAAAUGGUGCGUUGGCAAACCUUACCAGCAAGAUGGAACUGGAAAUGAACAAAGUUUGGCGACAGAUUAAUGUGAUGUACCAACAGAUGACAGAAAGCGCUCGAGCUUUAGAUAAGCUGCACCAACAGAAUGAAGCCUAUGUUAGUGGCACCACAUCUACUAUGGGUGGAAUGGAGAAUAAGGUAGGCGAGAUAACGAAACGUAUGAUGGAAGUGGAUGAGAAUUUGAAUUAUCUGCUCGGUCGCCUAUCAUUGGUAACCCAAGAAUUCAAUCAGAUUAAGACAGGGUUAGGAAAUGCACUGGACAACAUCAAGGCUUCGUUCAAAAUAGUUCAGGAAAAGGCAUUGGAUGUAACUCAUCCGGGUCCCCAUCCACUCCCGGAAAACUAUAAGAACCCAAAUGAAUCCGAGACUAGAAAGCCAGAUGGUAAGCUUCCGUCAAACUUCAGAAGUCACGUCACCGAUGUACCCUUUAAUUGAUGUUGAGUAAACAGACGUUUGAAAAUUGAUUAGUUGUGGUUAUUUACUAAGACAAUAUAAAAUUUUGUAAGCAUUAAAAGUUUUUUCUUGUAA